ACAUCAUUAUAAAGGGUGGCUGACAUACAAAUUGUGAGUCAGUGCUCUUUUCCGGCUGUCGACCUCAAGGGCCGAACUCUUUUCUAUUCUGACGAACAAGUCCAAACCUUUUUACUGUUUACUUUUUGGACCAAGCUGCUGGGGUCUCAUCAUUAUCAACAAACUUCGAUUGUUCGGUGGAAUUCUCACACCGGCUGGCUCUGUUGUCGUUUGUUGUUACGGUGUCAUGUAAUAUCGGGAGUCAAAGCAGAGAUAAGAGGACUAGAAGAUUGAAAAUUGAUUCCUCAAGGAAGUCAAUAAUAGGCUAUUUGUCUGAUGAUGAAGCCUGCCUGAGUAUCUUGGUUUAAGAAACGGGCAGAACGACUGUCCCCAAGUCCAAAGUUUUGAAUUUUCAUCCUCAAGAAUAAGAAGCCUGAAACUACGAUAACUGAAACGGGUUGGAUUGAAGAAUUUGGUUGCUUGAAUGGGGAACUCGAGCACAGAACUGCAAGAAAUUGAGGCUGCUGAAACUAUAGACCAAGUGAAGACUCGAGACGAGGCGGAGGAUGUGAAAAGAGUUGCACCUUGGACUACGCAGAUUACAUUCCGGGGUGUUAUUGCAAGCAUAGUUAUAGGAAUUAUGUACAGUGUAAUAGUGAUGAAGCUUAAUCUUACAACAGGUUUGGUCCCAAAUUUGAACGUCUCGGCCGCUCUUAUUGCCUUCGUGUUUAUAAAGACAUGGACUACGCUGCUUGGGAAAGCUGGAAUUGUAUCCACUCCCUUUACGCGUCAGGAAAAUACUGUAAUUCAAACGUGUGCUGUGGCUUGUUACAGCAUUGCUGUUGGAGGUGGCUUUGGAUCCUACUUGUUUGCUUUGAGCAGGAAGACAUAUGAACAAGCGGGCAUGGACACGGAAGGAAAUGCCCCUGGAAGCACCAAGGAACCUGGGAUUGGUUGGAUCAUUGGCUUCCUCUCUGUCAGUAGUUUUGUUGGGCUUCUUGCGUUGGUUCCCCUCAGAAAGAUCAUGAUAAUAGACUACAAAUUGACGUAUCCAAGUGGAACUGCAACUGCCGUUCUCAUUAAUGGUUUCCACACACCAAAAGGAGACAAGACGGCCAAGAAGCAGGUUGUUGGAUUCAUGAAAUAUUUUUCAUUCAGUUUUCUCUGGGCACUAUUCCAAUGGUUUUAUUCUGGGGGAGGGAAUUGUGGAUUCUCGCAGUUUCCUACGUUUGGAUUGAAAGCUUGGAAAGAUUCGUUUUACUUUGAUUUCAGCUUGACAUAUAUUGGAGCAGGGAUGAUAUGCUCCCAUCUUGUGAACUUAUCGUUGCUUCUGGGUGCAGUUCUUUCUUGGGGCAUAAUGUGGCCCUUAAUGAAGGGACUUAAAGGGGAGUGGUAUCCUGGAUCUCUUCCAGACAGCAGUAUGAAAAGCCUCAAUGGUUACAAGGUAUUUGUAUCAAUUGCUUUGAUACUUGGAGAUGGGCUUUAUCAUUUCCUUAAGAUUCUGUAUUUCACCGGCUCCAGCAUUUAUACAAAGGCAACCAACAAGAAGCUCAAAACAUUCCCGGAUGAUUCAGUCCAAUCUCUUGAUGAUCAUCGACGAAAUGAAGUGUUCUUAAGAGAUGGUAUUCCGUUGUGGGUGGCGAUCACAGGGUACAUCUUUUUCUCCAUUGUCUCUGUCAUCGUAAUCCCAAUCAUGUUCCCGGAGGUCAAGUGGUAUUACAUAGUUGUUUCCUAUACUUUGGCACCGUCUCUUAGCUUUUGCAAUGCAUACGGUGCGGGUCUAACUGAUAUGAAUAUGGCCUAUAACUAUGGGAAAGUGGCUCUGUUCGUGCUUGCUGCCAUGGCGGGUAAAAAUGAGGGUGUAGUUGCAGGACUUGUCGGUUGUGGUUUGAUCAAGUCUAUUGUUUCGAUCUCCUCUGAUUUGAUGCACGAUUUCAAGACUGGUCAUCUCACACUUACAUCUCCAAGAUCCAUGCUUUUGAGCCAAGCUAUUGGCACAGGCAUAGGCUGCAUUGUAUCUCCUCUCACAUUCCUUAUGUUCGACAAGGCUUUCGAUCUCGCCAACCCGGAUGGUGAAUACAAGGUCCCAUAUGCCAUAAUAUACCGAAACAUGGCUAUCCUAGGAGUUGAAGGCUUCUCAGCUCUGCCCCAGCAUUGCUUGCUGCUGUGUUAUGGGUUCUUUGGCCUUGCCAUGGUAGCAAACUUGUUGAGAGAUCUUACCCCUGAAAAAGUUGGGAAAUGGAUCCCACUGCCUAUGGCCAUGGCCGUGCCUUUCCUCAUCGGUGCUUAUUUUGCAAUCGAUAUGUGCGUUGGGAGCUUGAUCGUGUUUGUGUGGCACUAUCUAAAUCAUGAAAAGGCUGGAUUGAUGGUUCCGGCUGUUGCCUCUGGGUUGAUAUGUGGAGAAGGCUUAUGGAUUCUCCCUUCAUCAGUUCUUGCCUUGGCUAAGGUCCAUCCCCCAAUCUGCAUGAGCUUUUUCUCUUCCAGUAAAAGUUGAAUCUAGAAAGAAUUUUAUGCACAUCACAAGAUGUUGAGAAGCUGAAAACUUCUGAUAACCUAACUUUUAGAAUGCAGCAAUUUUCAAGUAGAAUAAAAUAUUGCAGCUAUCAUGUUACUGUAUUUCGUUAAAGCUUAAUAAAAUAUCUUUGGCAAA